UUGGCUCGCGGGGUGGUGACGCUAGCUCAGCGCCGAGCCUGCCGCGCGCGCUUUCGUGAGGCCGGACGCUCCUUCCCUGUCGUGCCGAGCCCGCAUUAGGAGUCGCCAUGAGUAAGGCCCACCCUCCCGAACUGAAGAAAUUUAUGGACAAGAAGUUAUCGUUAAAGUUAAAUGGUGGCAGACAUGUACAAGGAAUACUUCGGGGCUUUGAUCCCUUUAUGAAUCUUGUGAUUGAUGAGUGUGUGGAGAUGGCAACUAGUGGGCAACAGAAUAACAUAGGAAUGGUGGUCAUACGAGGAAACAGCAUCAUCAUGUUAGAAGCCUUGGAAAGAGUCUAAACGAUGUCUGUUGAAUAGAAGCAUCGCAUCCCUCCUUAAAGGACCUGUUUGAUUGUGAUGUAGAAUUGGGUCAUGUACAUUUUCAUACAAAACCUUUUGCUAAAUAAACUUUUGUGAUACUCAGAAGUGCA